GCCGUCAAGUCAGCAGUCAGCAGAGUGCGAGCAGCAGGCAAAGGGUAUAGACGAACCUAAAAUUCUGCCUCAAUCUUUAUUUUCUAAACGUAUUUUGUGGAAUUUUACUGCUGAGUGAGUCUCGGGUGGAGAAGGACAUCGAGAUGGCGUGGGAGAGAAGGGGGCGGCGACCCCUCCUAACUCUGGCUUUUCUUUUGGUUAUAAGUUUUCGAGUGAAGGCGGAUGACUUGGAGGUCAAACGCCUGCAGAGAAUCGACACCAACUCAAUAAACAUUUUCUGCACAACGACCAACGGCGUCACACCCGACGAUGCCAAAGACCAGUACGAACUGAAGAGUCCCCCAAGCGGUCCCAUCAGCCUUGUGUCCACGUCGCAGGCCUCUAGCAAUCCACAGGUGUUUGAGGUGAACGUCGAAGACCUUCUCAAAGAAGCAGACGGUCUUCACGCUGGCGCUGAAGACGAAAGAAGAUCAGGCUGUCAAAGCGUCCAGCGAUGUGGCCUUUACAUUGGCAGACGUGUCCGGCGUGAAGGCCAGCUGGGUCGGCGCAAGAAAGCUUUCAGAACCGGGAGAAGUCCUACGCCUUUACGGACAUCCUGUGCGUGUCCUGGCGUGUCCCGAAGGAGGCGAAGACAACAAAGACUGUCUUGAUUUCCCGAAGGAGGAGAGUUAUCAAGCGUCUUCUGGCCUAUCGGGUGCCGCUGCUGUCCUCUGCGUACCGACGGAGGGAGAUCCAGCUGUACCAUUUUGCUUGGUUACUGUGGAUAUCACGACGGCCGCUGGAAUUACCUACGGAGGGGAGGUCCGUCUGAGUCACCAGGAGGACCAAACAGCGCCAGCGGAAGGAACCCUCUCUGUCGCGAAGGAUAUUGGUGCCGGUGAGAAGCGCGACCUCCUGUACUGGAGUGAUGGGCGUCUUUUGGCGUGUUUAGGAACCACUUCUUGUAUGAUUCAGGACUUUCCGUCGAGUAAUAAUCAGUACGACGUCUUCUUCGUGGAUUAUCAAGAAGCAGAUGGGGAAAUAACAGGAGCUUCUUUGGUCAUGAAAUUUGAAGAUUACUCCCCCAUUGGCACAGUGAUCGAACCAAACACGCUGGAGAUGCGAUGGACACAGACAAGGAACCAAUACAAAUUGCUCCUCACGGACAUCGAAGGCCAGGAAGUAACAAUAACGGAGCCUCCGUUCACAUCCGCCGUAGUGAAUUGCGAAGACAUGAAAGAAUGCUUUGGAUACUUCAUUAAUUUGCCGCCAGGUGACUUUAAGGUGAUGGUACGCCCUUGGACUGGGUCUAACAUGCUCGAGGAGAACAGCGUCCUGUCAUCCAAACAAACAAUUCAGAACUCAAAAAGCAAAUCAUCAGACCUCAAAAUACAGGAAGUUCACCUUGACUGGAGUAGCGAUGGGUCAAAGGCUUUCCCCAAGGUAUGUUUCACCAACAAGGCUGUAACCUCGAAGAACCUCUCACACUUUGAAUUGGUGAUAGUCGACCAAAAGGGGCAUUGGAUUCGAUCCCGAGGUGCGACACAGAAAACGGAAGGGGUUACUUGCUUUACAGGGGUAACUCUAUCAAGCGAUGAACUACUCAUCCCCGGGAAAGUUACUGUGAUCGUAAUUGAAAGAGACCUCGACGGACUGAACGUCGUGGCAAGUGCUCAUGCCGAAGCUUUCUUUAAAAGGAGCCUUGACCUGGUCAUCACGAAAUUCGAAAUCACCGACAUUAAAUCGCAGAAGUUCUCAAUUCAUUACACCGGACCUUCGGGAACGUUGUCUGGAGGUGAACUGUCCGCCAUGAAUAUAGAUGCAGCAAGGAUAAUAAAUAUGGAGUUGACAGGCGUAUCAGAAACAAGGGCUGAUUUCGAGGCAUCGGAUUUACUGAUGAGCUGGAUAAAGCAUCAAACACAGCUCACGUGGGUGCUGCGACUUCACGUUGAUGAUGGGAAUUUUGUGUACGGUGAAGAGCAAUUCACAUUUCCUGACGUGGUUACCUUCCCUACCUGCGACCCAGCUCAUCUCAUUGGGAAGAAGCAAGUCGUGCGAAUCAGCUGUGACAGCCAUUCCCUCGAGACGGACACUAUUCAGAUGACAGAUGACGACCUCGCCAUCCAAGCCAGCACGGGCGUCGUGGGCGUCAGCUAUCAUCUGUUGGACAAGCCGGCAACCUUACCAGCGUCCAUACAACUGUGUAGGAAGCCGGUAGAUAACGGAAACGUCGAUAUAUGUACACGUCAAGUCGAACUGAAGGAUGCAACAGCCGGAGUUACGGCUAUGACAGAAAUUAAGGUGGAAUACGAAGCCAAAAUCACAGUACAGCACACUCCAUCAGACGGAAACAGUCUGGACGGCCUCGUGUACUAUUACCAAGAGGAUCCCAAUCCACCCACGUUAAAGUAUUGUCCUCGGGCUGAUUGCGAAGUGCAGGGAUACAUAGGCGUCCAGGAUCUUGAAGUCUUGGUGGUGUAUAAGGAUGACACGACAGGGAAAUCCGUGGAAUCUGAGCAGAGGACGGUGUAUGGCCUGGAGUUAAGGGGCGCGCAGAUCACGAGCACGGUGUCUGAAUUGGCGAUUAAGAAAAUGCCAGAGAGGGACGUCUACCAGGUUAUCAUUGAAAAUAGCACAUCGCCGGGAAUGGAGGUCAGAUCACCGACCUUCACCACUGUCAAAGUGAUGUGCCAGGAUGUGGAAAUAGUGUGCUAUGCCUAUCUUCCCCUAACGGCCGGUGGCAAAUACAAGGCCACUGUCAGUCCCUAUGAGGAUAAAGCUGGAGAAGGAGCUCCUGAUAAAAUGAACCAGAUUGUAUCGCUCGAAAUGACACCAUUACAGUACAAGGAAAAGAGAGAUACUGAGGUUCCGAAGAACCUUGUCCUGAAACAAAUAAACCGCGUGAAAUCGGACACGGCCACAUUUGGCACAGACGUAACGGUUUUUAACGAUCUCGAACCCGUUGACGGCAUCGCUAGUGUCACCCUGGUCGUCACGCAUGAAAAUGGUGACGGUACAGGAGAUGAACACUUGCUAAUAUCAACCGAAGUGGGAGAUGGUAUUAUCGAGCAAGGUGUAGAGAAGGUUUUCCACUUCGAUAUCAACCCAGUGGAUAAUAUUCUCAGCCCACCGACGACUGUGCUUUUCAUUGCGAAAAAUAAGGAUAACGUUGCCUUGGCGGUAGCAGAAAUAACGGUUGAAUUCAAGACUCUCGACCCAGCAAUGGACUGGGUUGGCGGGGCAGACACGGCGCCUCUGAGAGUCAAGACGGACCUGGAUGUGGAGAUCAACGGGGUUCCCUUCGCCGCCGGAACAUCUUAUUCCUUGGACUUCGAGAGCGACCCUAAACCUGUGGAAGUGUGUGUGACCCUCGAUAACACAGAUCCCGCUGGAGGAACGGUCAGGCAGUGCGAUCUGACUCGGUCUAUUGGAAGCUACAAAGAUAUGGACGUGGAUGAAGUAGAGCUGAAUAAUGACGAUGCAAAACGAGUUAUGACUGUCAAGUCGACGUUCGGUGGAAUGGAAGCCGUCUUGUACAAAGAAGAGGACAACGGCAUCGUAGGCGUAACCUUUUCUUGCGCCAUCGAGAACACAUGUUCUUCUGAAAUUAGUGAUGAACUGAUGGUAGAAUUAAGCCGCGUGUUCAAAGUGCUUGUGGUAGGCAAGGAUGGAGCAGAUCUCGUUACUGGCGCAAAAGUGGUGGAUUUUGAAGAUUUCCAGACUUAUGUCCAGAGAUUCAGUGACGGCAGCGACCUCGAGGUUAGAUGGGAAGCCUCCAACAACAAUGGCUUUACUGUACAACUUGACAAUGACGUUCCCGAUGGCUUUACCGACGUAGCCGUUCAGUGUGGCGGGGCUGAACAAAGGGCGUGUAAAGCGUACUUCACCAACCUGAAAGCAGAUGCGUCUUACAAGGCGAAAGUGAUUAAGGAAAACACAGCUGUGUCUUUCACUACCCCGCCGACCGCUGGUUCAGCCGUUCCUCUCUCCAUCACUCAACUCUCGGAGGUGUCGACCAAUCCCUUGCAAAUGGAGCUCAAGUUCUCGGUCGAUGCUGACGUCACGGGGGUCGAAUACAUCGAAUACGUGGUGAUCGACCCUCCUGUUGAUGGCGAGGCAGAGCAACGCAUCGUCUUCAAGGACACCACCGAGGACAUUAAGACAGGAGACAACUCGAUUACAUUCGACGACGCUGAACUACCUGACGCAGGCGCAGGCUCGACGGUCCUGGCGGUCGUCCACGGGCCUGGCGGUGUCCUGGCAGCCGGGAAGGUCGUCGCUGCUUUUAAAGCUAUCAACCCAACAAUGAGCUGGGUUGGCGAGGCAAACACGGCACCUCUGAGAGUCAAGACGGACCUGGCUGUGGAAAUCAACGGGGUUCUCUUCGCCGCCGGAACAUCUUAUUCCUUGGACUUCGAGAGCGCCCCUAAUCCUGUCGAAGUGUGUGCGACCCUCGAGAACACAGCGCCCGCCGGAGGAACAGUCAGGCAGUGUGAUAUGACCCGGUCUAUACAAGACUUCCAAGAGCUGAACGUCGACAACAUAGAGCUGAAUUAUGACGCAGGAAAGCACGUCAUGACUGUAUCCUCGACCUUCGCUGGAAUGGAAGCUGUCCUGUACCAUGGCGGUGACACAGGGAUAGUAUCCGAAACCUUUUCUUGCGAUACCCCGGACACCUGUUCUUCCGACAUCAGUGGCCAAAUACCAGGAUUAAGUUCAACGUUCAAGGUCCUCGUCGUGGGUGUGGACGCAGGGGCGGUGACGGGGGCAAAUGUGGUUGACUUUGUAGACUUCCAGGUCCGUGUUCAGCGAUUCAGUGCCGCCGGCGACCUCGAGGUAAGGUGGCGAGCCGACAGUGCGGAAACCUACGAGAUCCACCUGGACGCUGACGUUCCAGACGGCUUCACUGACGUUUCCGUGGCGUGCGGCGGGGCUGACAACAGGGCCUGCAAAGCUUACUUCACCAAGCUGGAAGCAGAUAAGCCCUACAAGGCCGAGCUGCAAAGAGGGAUCACAGUUGUUUCUGCCACAGUGCCAGCAAUACCAGGAACUUACACGCCUGUCACCAUUAGUCGCAUCGCGGUGUCGACACCUUUGCAAACGCAGCUCACGUUCUCGUCCGGAGCAGAGGUCACGGGGGUCGAAUACAUCGAAUGCGUGGUGAUCGACCCUCCUGCUGAUGGCAAGGCAACACAGCGCAUCGUCUUCAAGGACACCAACGAGGGCAUUGCAGAAGGAGACAACGAUAUUACAUUCGACGUCGGGGAGCUGCCGAACCCAGGCGCAGAGUCGACGGUUCUGGUGGUUGUCCACGGGGCUGACGGUGUCGACUCCGACGCCCUGGCAGCCGGGAAAGUCACCGUCGUUUUCGAAGCUCUCAACCCAACAAUGAACUGGGUUGGCGAGGCAAACACGGCGCCUCUGAGAGUCAACACGGACCUGGAUGUGGAAAUCAACGGGGUUCCCUUCGCCGCCGGAACAUCUUACUCCUUGGACUUCGUGAGCGCCCCUAAUCCUGUCGAAGUGUGUGCGACCCUCGAGAACACAGCGCCCGCCGGAGGAACAGUCAGGCAGUGUGAUAUGACCCGGUCUAUACAAGACUUCCAAGAUAUGGCUGUCGGUACGAUAGAGUUGAAUUUUGACGAAGGAAAGCACGUCAUGACUGUGUCCUCGACCUUCGCUGGAAUGGAAGCUGUCCUGUACCUAGACGGAGACGUAGGGAUAAAACCCGUAACCUUUUCUUGCGACACCGCGAACACCUGUUCUUCUCCCGACAUCAGUGGCCAAAUAUCAGGAUUAAGUUCAACGUUCAAGGUCCUCGUCGUGGGUGUGGACGCAGGGGCGGUGACGGGGGCAAAUGUGGUUGACUUUGUAGACUUCCAGGUCCGUGUUCAGCGAUUCAGUGGCACCGGCGACCUCGAGGUAAGGUGGCGAGCCGACAGUGCGGAAACCUACGAGAUCCACCUGGACGCUGACGUUCCAGACGGCUUCACUGACGUUUCCGUGGCGUGCGGCGGGACGGGAGCGGCUGACAACAGGGCCUGCAAAGCUUACUUCACCAAGCUGGAAGCAGAUAAGCCCUACAAGGCCGAGCUGCAAAGAGGGAUCACAGUUGUUUCUGCCACAGUGCCAGCAGGACAAGAAUCAGGAAUACCAGUGACCAUCACCAAAAUCGCCCAGGUCUCAAAGGACCCUCUCCAGACGCAGCUGACGGUCACCGCUGACACAGAGGUCAUAGGCAUCGAAUACCUCGAAUUCGUGGUGAUCGAGCCUCUUUCCGACAACGAGGCGACGCAACACAUGACCUUCAAGAGCGUGAACUGUAUCAUUAACGUAGACACGACCGCGGUAUUCGACGUGGAAGAGCUGCCAAGCACGGGCGUCGAGCUGACCCUCCUCUUCGUUGUGCAUGGGAGAGACGGGGUGGAUUCCGAGGCUUUGGCCGCUGGGAAAGUCGUGGUGACCCUUGCAGAUAUAAAGCCAACAAUAAACUGGGUCGGAGGUCAAGACACGGCGCCUCUGAGAAUCCACGCAAACCAAGAACUGUUGAUCAACAACAUCCAGUUUCCCGAAGGAACGUUCUACUUGCUGGACUUCGACGCUUCCUCUAACAUCGAAAUUUGUGUGACCCUCGACAACACAGCGGCCACAGGAACAACACUUAACCAGUGUGAUCUGACUCAGACUCCACAAAAUGUUGCUGACAUGGAAGUGCAGAAGGUCGAACUGAGCCACGAAGCGGAAGGCAAAUCCACAAUAACCGUUUCGUCGACUUUCACAAGCAUGGAGGCUGUCAUGUAUAAUGCCGGAGAGAGCGGGAAAGUGUCCGAGUCUUUUUCGUGUGUGACUGAGAAUACAUGUUCUUCUGACGUCACGACAAUCCUGGCUGGACUAAAGACUACUUUUAAGUUCCUUGCUGUGGGUGUGGCUGAUCCCGACGCCGUCUCAGGGGCUAAACUGAUAGACGUUGAAGACUUUCAGACUAGUGCCCUGAGGUUCAGUGACUCCGGGGUUGUCGAGGUUAGGUGGCGAGCUUCCAGUGACCAAUUAUUUAAUGUACACGUUAACAAUGAAGUUUCUGAAGGCUUCACUGACGUAUCUGUUCAGUGUGGUGGUUCUGAGCAAAGAGCCUGUAAAGCAUAUUAUACUAUGCUGAAGGCAAAUAUGGCAUACAAAGCAGAGGUCCAGAAAGAUAUUGUGGCUGUGUCUACCGCAGUGCCAGCAACUACAGCAUCCGUCACGACCCUGAACAUCGCCCGAAUCUCCAAAAUGUCCGAAUCGCCCAUACAAACACAGCUAACGGUUUCGGCUGCAACAGAGGUCACCGGGAUCCAAUACGUGGACUUUGUUAUGAUCGACCCUCCAAAGGAUAACAUAGCCCCGCAGCACAUUGCUUUCAGUGAGGCCCCAGACAGCAUUGACGCGAACAGCUGCAUUAUCACGUUCGAUGAUACUGAUCAGCCCAAAAUGUUGGUGGGGGUGACGGUGUUGGUGGUCGCUCAUGGGGCAGAAGGGAGUGACAGCGACAUUCUGGCUUCGGGAGAAGUUCUUGUAUACUUUGCAGAUUUGGUUCCUCCCAAGAUGACGAAAGUGGGAUCGGAAGAAACGAAAUCCCUGAAGGUUGAAAAUGGCGAUUUGGACGUGAGGGUAAAUGGCAAUGUCUGUCGUGCCAAGUCUGUGUGUUAUUUCCUUGAGUCUGAUACCUAUCUGGAGCCUCCUGAAGUGUGCAGAGAUACAGGGUCGGGCGUGGAGCAGUGUGACAUGACCGGGAGCUAUGUAGUGAAAAAACUUUUGGCUGUCACGGGCCUGGACCUAAUGGAUAAAGGAUUACCUGAAAAAGAGUUGAGAGUCACUGCAGACUUCGAUGCCAAUUCCGUUACCAUGGAGACCAUGAUCUAUGAUGACGCUGGGAUAGAAACAUCGACUCCUUUAACAUGCAACAUCGAAAGCGCUUCCUGUGUGUUUCCAGUGGCACCACAGAACACUAUAUUUAAAAUCUUGCUGAUGGCUUUGGAUAACAAGGCCGGUGUGGUUGAGUCAAACACCAUUGAAUUUGAAGAUUUCCAGACACGCAUGGAACAGCUCACCAACACGGACCUCGAAGUAUCAUGGAAAUCCUCACAAGCCUCAAAUUUCACGAUUACGAUGAAUCCUCCUCCGGAAGGUUUCCCCAGCGUACUGACAGUGGAAUGCGGUGGCGAACAGCCCGAGGACAGUGCCAAGUGUUUAGCCUUCUUCCUUCUACUACCGGAAGGCGCUGGGUGCACGGCAAACGUGAACAGAAAAGGCGACGACGCUAAGACCGUGUCGGCUUUCUUGCAGUUGGAGAUAGCGGAAGGCUUCUCGGCGCCCAUAACCAUCACGCGCCUAAUCGCGAGGGAGAGGGCGGGCAAGAAGCCAAGUCUUUCCGUGUGUUUCAAGGACGAGCUGUUCGCGAACGGGAAGGGCGGCGAGGUCAUGACCCGAGCUGGGAGUCCCAAAUACAGCUUGGUGGUCGUGGAUGCGUUCGGCCGUCAGUUGCUCUCGCCUUCAGAUCUAUCGUCGCUCUCGUCGUCCUCCAGUGUCGAGGAUGACCUGUGCUUCGGCGACCUCUCACUCGGCUUCGACUUCGACUUGAGGCAAAAGUUGAAGGUCAUUGUGAAGCGCGAGGAAAUGGAGGGCGAGAGAGUCCGCGCUGUUGGGGACAUCGAGGCGCACCUUUUGGACCCACGCGGACUAAUAGACGUCAGGCAAGUAGGCCCAAGGACCGUGAGGGUAGGAUGGAAGGACGUGCAUCGGGCCCUGGGCUACGAAGUCCUAAUCGGUGCCCUACGUCUGGCAGGGGGGUGCGAUGGAGAGCAGGACCCACAGUGCGUACGAUACCUUCACGUGGAUAGAGGAGAAUCACCUCUUGUUGUCACGCUGAAGGCAGUCGAUGCUCGCGUGAGUCAGGAAGUAGAGGUGCCACUUCCUCUGCUGGACAUGUCGACCCUUCGUAUAUACAGCACUGCCUUGACUGACGAAAAUCGCCUGCAAGUGUGCUUCAACCCCGCCCCGAAGGCCUCCCACUAUCUCCUGAGCCUGGAGGACGAGAAAGGCCUCGUGCUGGAGUCCAGACGGGUCUUCCCCCAGCAGGAGGACGACUUCACCUGCGUUCUCAGCGCGGAAGAGGUCGAUUUAGGAGGUUACUUGUCUCUGAGGACGCUCGUCACUGCCUUCGAUGCAUCGGAUAUGCCUGUGGCCUCUGGAACAGCGACCAUACAGGAAUUCUUCCUUAGCCCCAAAAGGAAGGUCUUAAACGCGGUUAACGAGACCAACCACGACCUCAUCACGACCUGGCACCUCCUCGACGACCCGGAAAAAAUCACCAGCUAUUACGUAACCCUCGAACGGGCGACCGACGGCAGGAAGAAUGACCCGGUAGUACUCAGUAGUACGGUGACGUCACACGUUUUCGAGGGCGUGGCACCGGGGCGUUACUCUGUCUGUGUCGCUGCGUCUGUGGAAGAUGCUGGCUCUAUCCUCAGGAGUCGAGAAGUGUGUAGCGACAUUUUCUCCGUCCCUGGUGUUGACGUCGAAAUCCCCGAAGUGGCCGAGGUGAAAGUGAAGACCACCGGGCUCGACAAGGCCCUCGUGACGUGGCAGAAACCCGGAGACGAAGAUGACGUCACCAACUACGUCAUAACGUGGACGAAAGCUGCCCCGAGUUCGAAUUCCGCCGUGUCGAGUACGAGCAACCAGGCCAGGCCGAGGCAUCCUCUCCCUAUCGUGGCCCAGGGCUUCAGGGACGUCGAGCCGGACUUCAGGGAUCAAGGGCGGCAUCACAGGAUCGUCCCCGCGUCGAGUCCUAGCGUGGAGGUCCUGACUCUCGAUCCCAAAAAGGCCUACGAAGUCUGCGUCAGCGCCGUCAGGAAGGGCGUUGCUGGGAAUCACGUAUGCAAAGGGGUUCAACUAGGGAAGGACGACCCCGUUGACUCUCCCACGGACCUGGUCUUCGAGAACGACCUCCUCAAGUGGAACGGGGUCGUCUCAGCUUCAGGUUACCUCGUGGAAUGGCGACCUCGACGAGGAGGAAUCAGCAGCGGAGGUCAAGAAGAGGUCAAGACGACGAGCUGGACUUCCGGAAACCUUUCGCCAGGGCGGUGGGUGGUGAGCGUAAGAGCGACGACGGAAACGAGCGCGAGUAAGCCGGUAUCAGCUGAUUAUCUGAAGGAGGGCAUAGAAAUCGUAUCAGCUGUUCAGCCAAACAACAAUCAGCUGUUAAUCCGAUGGCAGGAAGAGCCAAGACCUCCCUGUGCCGAGUCGAAGUGCCACUACGCAAUCACGACCUCCUAUAACCAGGCACCCCUCUGGCACUCUUGCUCGGGGCUGAAGGGCGACUGUGAAAGGGCCAUUGAAGUGCAAGGUGGCACUCAGGUGGAAGUGGCUCUGGAAAGGGAUGGAGUGAAGAGUUCGAGAAAGGAGAUGGUCUUCGCUUUCCCAGCAAUGUCAGACUUGAACCAGCGGUCCUCAUCUGGUGGCAGAGACGUGACAGUGUCAUGGAGGGAGACAGGAGAUGCCAGACUCUACAACGUGACAUUAUUCAGUGACAGUUCCCGCUCCUCUGUCAAACUCACGGAGAUGUUAAAGCGGGAAUCGUUCACACUACAUGAAGAUGAAGUGGAAGGCAGUGUGCUUCUCAUACAACCCUGCGCUGACAAGACCCAUUGUGGAAGCGGCCAGAAUAUCACUGUGACGUCAGCUACAGACACGCCCUCGAGGAACAUCCCUGGCCUCGUUGCCUCGGUCGUCGGCGGCGUCCUCUUCCUCGUCGUCGUCGCUCUCGUAGUUACUGUCGUUAUACUGAAGAGAGUGAAAAGAAAAGAAGUAGACGAUACUCGCCGUCUGGAGGAAGUUACUAGAGAGCAUCCAAUGAGUAGCCAGAGAAGCAUAGGCCUACAUUCCUCUGUUCAAGUCAUCUCGAUGUCAGCCUUAUCUCACGAGGAAACUAAACAACAGUGAGAUAUGGCAGCUCGAGUUACAAUUUUUCGUUAAUUUUCGAUUUUUAUAAUGUGAGUUCUAAAGAAGAUAAAUGUUCAUAACUGGAAGCGACUGAUAGAAUCUGUGAUGCCUGGGUAUAUUACGUUUGUUUGAGAGUAAUAAAGAAUCUAUUGA